AUGUCUCCAAGCAAUAGACACACCGCCCAGAUACAUGGCUUGGUUGGGAAGCCCUUACUGUACUUUACCAGUGUUUUCGUAUCAUUAGGUGUCUUCCUUUUUGGUUAUGAUCAGGGUGUUAUGUCGGGUAUAAUCACUGGUUGGUACUUCAAGGAUUACUUCAAUCAGCCAUCGCGAGCCGCGAUCGGCACAGUGGUCGCCAUCCUUGAAGUUGGUGCAUUCAUUUCUUCCUUACUCGUCGGCCGGAUUGGCGACUUGAUAGGACGGCGGAAGACCAUUCUUUACGGCUCUAUCGUGUUUUCUAUCGGUGGUGCUUUCCAAACCUUCGCGACUGGUCUACCUAUGAUGAUGCUCGGCCGUAUCGUUGCAGGCCUAGGCGUUGGAGCAUUGUCAACAAUAGUACCAGUUUAUCAAUCAGAGAUAUCCCCGCCUCACAACAGGGGCAAACUAGCGUGUAUCGAGUUUACCGGCAAUAUCUGCGGAUACGCGGCUAGUGUGUGGGUGGAUUAUUUCUGCAGUUACAUCGACAGUAACUAUGCGUGGCGUUUGCCACUGCUAUGCCAAUGCAUUCUAGGUACCCUCCUAGGCCUAGGAAGCCUCAUCAUAUGUGAAUCGCCGAGAUGGUUAUUAGAUAAUGAUCACGAUGAAGAGGGCAUGGUGGUCAUCGCCAAUCUAUAUGGGCAAGGGGAUUUGCACAAUGACAAGGCCCGACAGGAGUACCGAGAAAUCAAGAUGGAUGUCCUUCUGCAACGGCAGGAAGGCGAAAGAUCCUACACUGACAUGUUUAAGCGUUAUCGCAAACGAGUCCUCAUCGCAAUGUCAGCUCAGGCAUUGGCACAGCUGAACGGUAUUAAUGUGAUAUCCUAUUAUGCCCCACUCGUCUUUGAGUCAGCGGGCUGGGCGGGUCGCGAUGCUAUUUUGAUGACCGGCAUCAAUGGGCUCUCGUACCUUGCCUCAACAGUUCCCCCAUGGUAUCUCGUGGACCGGUGGGGAAGGCGCCCGAUCUUGCUUUCCGGGUCGGUUGCAAUGAUUGUUUCUCUGUCUCUGAUAUCUUAUUUCAUCUAUAUCGAUGUUGUAGCAACUCCGACUCUGACUGUCCUUUUUGUCAUGAUUUACAAUGCUUCGUUCGGCGCAUCCUGGGGCCCUAUCCCCUGGCUGUACCCUCCCGAGAUCUUGCCCUUGAGCAUCCGUGCCAAAGGGGCCAGUCUUAGCACAGCUACGAACUGGGCUUUCAACUGGCUCGUCGGAGAGGUGACUCCUGUCCUCCAGGCUGCGAUCAAAUGGCUAUACUUCCUCUACCCCGAAACGAGCGGUGUACGUCUGGAAGACAUGGACGUCCUCUUUGGAGAUGCGACGACUGCUGUGCCAACACCGGCGACACAAGCUGAGCGUGGAUCGCUUAUGAGCGGCGGCUCGCCUGUGCCUUCCCUUGACAUCAGACGGCAGUAUGGUCAGUUUGGAACGGAAAGCGCCAUUCCUGGUUUAGAUAUCGAUCCACCUAACAUCAGCGCCCAUGAGAAUUCUAAACCUGCAGGGCUUAAUCCUUUGAAUGAAAGCAGCGGACGGCCUGAAGGUAUUGGCGGUUGGAUCUCAAAUAUGGUCAGUCGCCACAGAGCACCGGGACCGCAAGCGAAAAAAAAUCAGUAUAGACAUCUGCGGCAAGAAGAGGAUGAGAACGAUUAG